AAAUCUGAGGGUUUGCUCUUUCAAGAGAGGUGCAACCACACAUUUUCUGAAAACGUAGCGGAAUUUACCAAUGUUUGGAAAUGCCCACUCAAAUCCUUUUGCCUAUAUAAAUGGAUGAGAAGACACCAAAAGAACACAGAGACGCAAAUCUGACUGAAAACAAACUUAAAGGAGAACAUCCAACAAACAGAAGAAAUGAAAUCAUCAGCCGUGUUCAUUGCAGUUGUCCUCUUCGCAGGCUUGUGCUCACAGAUCUAUGGACAAAAUACAAAUAAACCUUCAAAAUGCUGCUUCAGUUAUGUGGAAAAAAGGAUCCCUUUUAAAAUGUUGUCCAACUAUGAAAAAACACGAUCAGACUGCACUAAACCUGGCAUUGUAUUCAUCACAAUAAAAGGUAUUCUGGUCUGUGCUAAUCCCGAACAGAAAUGGGUCCAAGAUAGCGUUGAUCAUCUGAAUGCAAUUUUAAAAACAUACCCUGAAGAAUUAAACGGUGAUGGCCUUUCUUCUUGAAAAAACUGAGAGGAAAAGCUUUUUCCACAUUUAUCCAAUCAGACCAACAUUACAGUCACUGGACUUCAGAAAAUGUUAUAUAUGCUGCCAUUUAUAAAUGGAUCUACUGUAUAUACGAUUGAUAUUUUACUUUUUGGCUCUCUUUAAGUACAAACUCCUAAAAAAUAUUUAAAUAUGUUU